AUGGAGGAGAGUCGCCAACCGAACCGCGAUGAACUCUUUCAUCAAGUGGAGAAGGAGGAAACCACAAGACGGCUAACUCAAGAACAGGAGCUGGUGUCCAGACUCGCAGCUGAAGCGGAGCAGCUCAAAGCCACCGAAGCGGAGCGACUGCGGGUGUGGGCUGCCCGAACCAAGGAAGAACAUGAAGCCGAGCUCAAGCAACGCGUCUUGGCCUCCCUCCUUGCCAAGGUGCGACCUUACAAGGAGAGGCUGGAGCGGAAGAAGCUCAUGCUCGCCAACGAAAAGCGCAACCUGGCCCACCCGCCCACGGAGAAGCACCAGCAGCAGAUCCUGCUGCAGGUCGUCCUGGGCGAUGGUAAGGGCCGACCCUUGAAACCGCGUGUGUCCCGCAAGCUGCGUAUCACCGCCGACUCCUCGCUUUCCCAACUACCAACCCUGCUGUGCAGUCUCUUCGAUUGCCCCAUCAAAAAGGCUCCCCAGGCGAAGUUGUUUUCCAAGCAGGAUUCGCCUGAAUUGGUGACCCUGGUCAAGGAGCUGCUGUUGCCCAACGAGCCCGCUCACAUAGGCCACUCCUCGGCGCUCGCGGGAGCUGCGCUGCCGCUAUUGCUCCCCUCGUCGUCGUCCACUUCGUCGUCAGGCCCGGGACCCCUGUCCCUCAUCAGCGUGCAGCCUGCGGCCCAAUUACUGGGAAUGCAGCUGGGCGCUGGCGGGUCGAGCUUGACCACCUCCGGCAAAUGCCACCUAUGCGGCCAGCCCCUGCUCCCCAGCUUGAUCGGCCUCCUCGGCGCUGGGCCGGCCCACUGUGCAGCGUGUGCUAAGAUCGGUUCUGCCAUGGCGGAGGCCGCGAGCCACCGCGCCGCCGGCAGCUUCGCCAAUGCAAUCACCUGCUACACCGACCUUCUCUCGACGGCCAGUGACCACGAGGGGACCCGCACCAACAUAAGCAUUGAGCUGGCCAAGACGCGACUUCUUGCCGGCCUCCAGCUCACCGACCACACGCUCAUUGUGGCAAGCCUUUCAGCCCUCCAGACACUUCCGCAGCCCACCCAGGAAGUGCGCCUGCUUCGAGGUUUGGCCGAACUCCUGGCCGGGCAGUUCGUGAAUGGCUUGCAGGGGCUGAGCGUGGUUGCAGGUCACUCCUCGGCGAAAGAGGCCAAGCUGCUGCGUAAGGUCAUGACCCUGGCCGUGUCAGUCCUCAGCACUGGGCCAGCUAUGGGAAAGCAGGCUUCGCUUGAACCUGAGCUGCUGGACAAGCUGCAGCAAUUCCUCUGA